UAUGAAGAUAAUUUUAGGCCUCUUAACCAUUAUCUUAGGGUUAUGUCAUUGUAGUAUUAUUGAAACAACAACACCUUGUACCUGCUAAUAAUUAUCUUAAAAUGAUUGCGUAAAAAAUAAUGCUUGCUCUUGGAAUAAAACAUGUGAUAUAAAAACUAUAACCUAAUCUAAAACAAAUACAUAUUGCAGCUACUUAAAUGAAUUGUAAUGUUAAUAAGAUGAUGUUUGUUAAUGGGUGAAUAGUGAAUGUAGUUUUUUUACAGGUUGUACUCCAUAUAAAUUAACAUCUGAUAGAGAAUGUAAAAGUAUAAAUAAGAGAUGUUAUAAAUCUGAUCUUAAAAAAUGUGUAGAAUUGAAAGAAUGUAUUGAAUAUACAAAUCCUAUUGUUUGUUUUAUGGAUGUUAAUUAAAGAUAUUGUUAUUGGGAUACAAAAACUAAUAGAUGUUCAAAGGCUUUAGAUUGUUAAUCAUAACCUUCAGCUUUGGAAACUGAUGCUAAAUGUAGAUCAUAAAUAGUUACAUGCACAACAAAACCAGGAGGUGGAUGCACUGAUGCUUAAUAAAGUUGCACUGAUAUCACUCUUGAAAUCCAAUGUUUCUAUAAUUAAGAUUAAUCUUCAAAAUGUUUUUGGGAUAGUUCUUUAAAUCCUCCUAAGUGUAAAUUAAAGAUUUGUGAAAAUGCUCCUAGCACUCUUACAACAGAUGAAUAAUGCAAAGAGUUUUUAGAGGAAUGUACUACAAAAAUAAAUGGUGGUUGUGUUUUAAGAUCAACUUGUGAUGCAGCUACGACUAAAAGUGCUUGUUUCAAAGAUAUAUCUGGAAAUGAUUGUUUUUGGGUAGAUGGUUUUUGUAAAUAAAAACAAUGUGCUAAUGCUACAAAAAAUAUUGUUACAAAUAUAGGAUGUUAAUCAAUUAGUAAAGAUUGCAUAACUAAAUCUGGUGGUGGUUGUAUGAAAAAUGGAGAAUGUUCCAUUGCAAAUGUAGACUAUGCAUGCAAAUAAAACUUAAAAGGGGAAGAAUGCUUUUGGGAUUCAGUUACUUAAUUAUGCAAAGAUAAAACUUGUAUUAAUGCUCCUUAAAAUCUAUCAACAUUUGAAUAAUGUAGUAAAUUCUUAUCUACUUGUACUGCUAAUUCACUUAAACAAGGAUGCGAAAAUAGAACAUGUGAAAAUGCACCUGUUUUUGUCACUACUCUUAAAGGAUGUUAAGAAUAUUAUAAUGAAUCAUGUAUCCCUAAAUUAGACGGUGGAUGUAUUACAAUUAAAACUUGUGAAGAGAUCUAAGUAGAAAUUGCAUGCACUUAUGAUAACUUGAAGCGUCCUUGCUUUUGGCAUAUUGAUAAAUGUAAACCUAAAAUAUGCUCAAAUAUUCCAAAGACCAAGUAUGAUGAGGAAUCAUAAAAUUAAGUACCUAUCACACUUGACCAUUACAAGUGUUAUGAGUUUAUGGAAACAUGUACAAUAAAUUAAUCAGCUACUGAUUGCGUUAAUUAUACAUGUGAUAAUGUCGAAGAUUAAGAAAUUUGUAUUUAGAACUAAAAAUGUUAUUAUCGUUAAACAUGCUUCAUUAAAACAUGUUUCACAGCUCCAUUAUCUUAUAUAACUCAUUCUUAGUGUUUUCAAUAUAAAAAUACUUGUACUCUAGCUCCAUCAGGAUAAGGAUGCUCCAUUAUGUUAUAAAGUUGUAACUAAUAUAGAAUCUAAGUAUAAUGUGUUUAAGCAGUAACUAGUGCAUGUGAAUGGCAAAAUAAUACUUGUGUAGUGAGAUAAUGUAAUACAGCUGAUACAUCUUAUAAUACAACUUAGAAAUGUUAGUAAUAUCUAGUUGGAUGUGUUGUUAAUAACUUAUAAAAUGGAUGCAUUCCUUAAAUUACUAAAUGUGAAGAUAGUUUAAUUUCGUAAAAUUGUACAUUGGAUGUGUGUUAAUGGAUAACUGAUAAAUGUGUAACAAAACAGUGUGGCACUUAAAAAACUAACUGUACAUUAUACAAAACUCCAAAAAAAUGUAUCAAUAAUUCAACCAAAACUAAUUGUAUGGAUGUUCCUGAUAGUUGUACAUUAUUACCUAAAGAGUAUUGUUUACCAGCAACUUCUAUAAAUCUUAUAAAUAAAUAUUGUUAUUUAAAUGAUGAUGAUGAUUGUGCAGAUUUAACAUUGUAAAAUGAAUGUAGUAGUUAUACUGAUUCAUCCCUUUGUAUUACUAGGAUCAAUAAUAAAGGUAAUUGUGUUUGGGUUAACGAUGAAUGUUAUAAUGAUGAUUGCACUAAAUUACCUGAAACAUUGACUUCUUCACAAUAGUGUUAAACAGCAAUAGCAAGGUGCAUUUUGGCAAAUACAGGUUUAGGAUGUGCAAAUAAAGAUGAAUGUACAGCAUAUAAUGAUAAAAAUUGUAAUCAAUUAGAUAAAAAUGGAUAGGAAUGUGUUUAUAAGUCUAAUUAAUGCUAAAAGAAAUCUUGUGCAACAAGUUCAAAUACUAAUCAUGGUGAUUGUUUCAAAUAUAUGACUAGUGGAACAAAAUGUACAGUGAAUAUAAAUGGUAACGGUUGUAUAGAAUUGAGUUCAUGUUCGAGUUAUAAAAAAGAGUAAUAAUGUGUAAUUAGUAAUUAAUAAAAGACUUGUUUUUGGUAAAAUGAUACUUGUUAAGAGAAGAAAUGUUCUUUAGAUACAACCUCUAAAACACAUGAAUAAUGUCAAUAAUUUAUGAGUACAUGUACUAUAAAUACAAUUACGAAUGAGGGAUGUAUGGACUUCCCUUAAUGUUCAGAAAUAGUAGAUUCAUCGAUAUGUGAUUCAAACCCAAAUUGUGUAUUUGUUUCAAGUAGUUGCAUUGUAAAAACAUGUGAAAAUGCUAUACUAAGUGAAUAUAAUGAUUCAAAUUGUGCUAGUUUACCUUUUGAGGGUUGUUCGUUCAGCAACAAAUUAUGUAGUACAAAGACAUGUUCAUAGUGGGAAUUCACAACAGAUGAAGAAUGUUCUUAAUAAAAUGAAAAUUGUACAACAAAUGGAAAAGUAUGUACAGAAAGAUUAGAUUGUAAUAAGGCUAUUACUGAAUAAGGAUGUAAGAAAGAUAUGUUUGGUAAUUUUUGUUAAUGGAUUUAAAUAUCAAAUACUUGUACUCUUAGAAAUUGUUAAACUGCACCAACUUCAUUAACAACUGAAACUUAAUGUUAAUAAUAUUAUGAUAGUUGUACUACUAAAUUAGGUGGAGGAUGUACAACUAAAUCUACUUGUUAAGCUGCAAAUGUUUAAGCAGCAUGCAACAUUUCAAAAUUUGGAGAAGUUUGCAGUUGGGAUGAAACUACAUAAUAAUGUAAAAAUCAAUCAUGUGUUGAUUUUAAUGGAAGUGAUUAUAAAUCUUGUAAUAAAUUAAAAAAUGAAUGCACUACAAAUGGUUUAGGGAAAUGCACAGAAAUUAUUAAUUGUGAUUAAUAUAAAAAUCCUUUAUCUUGUAUAUUUGGUUUAGAUGGUCCCUGUUUAUGGGUUAAUGCACAAUGUUAUUAAUAUCGAGAUUGUACAAGUAUCAAAUUUAAAACACAUGAUGAAUGUCAAAAGGUUAGUGAUAAAUGUACUACUGAUGGUAGUAAAUGUGUUUCUAUAACAGAAUGCGGUGAAACUAAUAUUACAGGAGGUUGUUUUUAAGGUACUGAUGGUAAAUGUAUUAUGGCUUUAACUGAUAAAAAUGUUAAAAUUUGUACUAUUUUCAAAAAAUGUUCAGAUGCCAAAUUCAAAACUCAUACAGAUUGCAACACAGCUAAUAAUGGAUGUACAACAGAUGGAAUAUAAUGCAUUGAAUUACUCCCUUGUUAAGAUUAUUAAAUAUAAGAAUAAUGUUAAUUAGAUCAAAAAGGAGUUGUUUCUGUAAAUAAUAAAAUAUAAUCAACUGGAAUUUGUAAAUGGGUUGGAGCUUGUAGAUUAUAAAUUUGUGAGGAUCUAGUCGGUACUACACAUUCCUUAUGUAAUAAUUAAAUGAUGAAUUGUACAUCAAAUGGUACUCUCUGUUAUACUAUGGAUAAAUGUGAAAAAUAUACAUUAAAAGAUUUAUGUAAUAAUGGUAUGGGUACAGAUGGUAAAUGUUUAUAUUCAAAUGAAAAUGCUAAAUGUUCUGUUAUGACUUGCAAUGACAUCACUAAUAAUAUUUGUAAUACUCUUGUUAAUUGUAUUACAGAUGGUACAAAAUGCAUUGCCAAAACUAAUUGCGCUUCUUAUACUAGUCAAGUGUCUUGUGAAUUUUCAGGAAAUGAUGGUAUUUGUCUUUGGAAUGCAAUAACAAAAAAAUGUUCUUUAUUUUCUAAUUGUUCUGUUGCUGUUGAUUAAAAUUAGUGUAAUAAAAUGAACAAAGUUUGUUAUUGGAAUCCAGAUUCAACUUAAUGUAUUGAUUUUACUUGCGACUUGUAAUAUAAAUCUACUAAAAAUUGUAUAAAUAUUGCUACUUGGACUCCUUCGUCAAUUAGAAUCUGUGGUUUUGUUAAUGGCGUUUGUUAAGAAAUUGAUCCUUCAGGUUAUGGAUCGAGUGAAUGCUACUAAUUAACCUAAUUUACAUAUUCUUACAAUCCUUCAUUAUAAAAAUGCAUUAAAUGUUCUACUUCUAACAAUAAUUAGAAUAACAACACCAUAAAUGAAACUAAUAACAUUGUCGACAGCUAUUAAUAUUUAAUUGUCUUAGGCCUUCAAAUUUUAUCAUUAUUUUUAUUAUGA